GAAGAUAUUAAGUCCCUUAUUGCACAUAUAGUUGAAAACUUUUAUAAUGCACUUGAACCUAUUGAAUAUGUUCAGACAUUCAAGGGAUUGAAGACAAAAUAUGAGCAAGAGAAAGACCGACAAAACCAGAAACUGAACAGUGUUCCAUCUAUAUUGCGUAGCAAUAGAUUUCGCAGAGAUGCAAGAGCCUUAGAGGAGGAUGAAGAAAUGUGGUUCAAUGAAGACGAAGAGGAAGAAGGUGAAGCUGUUGUACCUCCAGUUGAGAAAUCAAAACAGGAGGAUGAUUUUCCAGAUAGCUAUGAAAAAUUUAUGGAAACUAAAAAAGCUAAGGAGAGUGAAGACAAAGAGAAUCUUCCAAAAAGGACUUCAGCUGGGGGAUUCAAAUUCACUUUCUCCCACUCAGCCGGCGCAGCCAAUGGUGCAAACGGUGCAAACAGUAAAUCCGUGGCAGCUCAGACAUCGCCAGCGAGCUCCAACGGCUCCUCUUCAAAGAACGCAACCCUGACCACGGCGGUGACAACCGCAAAGGGAAGUCUAGUUGGCCUAGUGGAUUAUCCUGAUGAUGAAGAUGAUGAUGAAGAGGAGGAGACAUCUCCACGGAAAAGACCUCGUCUGGGUUCAUAAACGAAACCAAAACUUUGGAACAAAAACUUUUAUUAUGGGGUUUCAAAUGCUGCAACUGUUUUAAGAGCUAAAAAGAAUCUGAUUCAGAAAGCUUUCUCCCAUGAGUAUAUAAAGAUAAUACAAGGAGUAGCAAAAGAAACUCAGUGUAUCAGCUAGAAAGGGUUAGUUCUGUAAACACAAAGCUUCCAAGGAACUUGAUAUCUUUCUAGUAAGUAAGGAGUCUGCCAUUCAGGCUGUCAA